AUGAGAGGCAAGACGAUUCAGUCAUCCAGGUUCAACAGUUCCACUGCUGCCAAGAAGGCCAUCGAUGGGAACCGAAGCGGGAUGCCCCAGGACGGCUCCUGUGCGCAAACAGAGGCUGAGACCAACCCCUGGUGGAGGGUCGACCUGCUGGAGUCAUACAGAGUCACAACCGUGACCAUCACCAACAGAGAGGACUGCUGUGCUGAGAGGAUCAACGGAGCUGAGAUCCGCAUUGGGAACUCCCUGGAAAACAACGGCAACAGCAACCCAAGGUGCACGGUGAUCUCUUCCAUACCAGCAGGGGGAGCCAGCACCUUCCAAUGCAAUGGGAUGGAGGGCCGUUAUGUGAAUAUAUUCAGCAGGGGGUACAGGCAGCAUCUGACUGUGUGA